GCUGGUGGUGGUGGUGGUGGUGGUGGUGGUGGUGCUACUGCUGCUGCUGCUGCUGCUGGUGCUGCUGGUGCUGCUGGUGCUGCUGCUGCUGCUGCUGGUGGUGGUGGUGUUGGUGGUGCUGCUGCUGGUGCUGCUGCUGCUGCUGCUGCUAGCGGUGAUGGUAAGGCGGUGGUGGUAUCGGUAUUGGUAGUGGUGGUGGAUGCCCCUCAGUGUCCGGCGCGCCUCCGACAAGCGUGCCUCGGUCGUUAUAGGGAUCCUUUGGCGUUUCGUCGUUAUCGUGGAUGAUACCGGCGAGCAAAGCAAAAGAGAGGAAAGAAAGGGAACGAGAAGUAAGAGAAUACGAGAAAAGUAAAGGCCGAUCGCUGUAGUUUGUCGAUUAGUUAAAUAGAAUUUUCGUUGAUUCUCGCUAAAACGCGACCACCUUGUCUCGAAUUUUCAAUCUGAUCGCAUAGAUCGAAAAGGAUGUGCGCGAGGAAUUUGACAAUUCCAAAAGGACAUGUCUGGAGCACGCUUCGGUCAGAAUCGCAGCCGAUUUUCCACGGACAAUAAAGAGACAUUAGGCGAGUGAAAGAGAGGAGAAGACAACGCGUAGAUCGCAAGGGACUCGAUCCGGAGAACCGUUCGUCGAUCAUCGAAAGGCUUUCUACUUAGAAAUCGGCUCAAAUGCCGCUCGUUGUACGUGCUGUCGUUUCAAGCCUUUAAAUGGUGCAUCAUUCCGAGGACCUUAGCCGUAGUGAAACAUUAGGUACGCAUAGAAAGUGUCCGAGAAAGUCUAGAAGACCUUAGUGGGCGAUUUUGAAGAUCGACCUCCCGUUAGAACAAUAUACGAUCGUACUGUCGUAUCGAGGGAUUCGGGUCAACGAUUUCGUGUCCCAUGUAAAAAUCAGUCGAGUAGUCGAAUAGUCAAAGUCGGUCGUUGGAGAAUCGGAAGAAAGGGAAGAAGCGAAAAAUUAAGAUAAGGUUGUUGUAACACGCUAGUGAAGAUACAGAAUAACUACACGUGCAAAAGAGUAGAAAGAAGAUCCAGAAGAGGCUAGAGGAAAGGUCACGAGGUAGAAGAAGAGGAAGAAGAAAAAGAAGAAGAAGAAGAAGAAGAAGAAGAAGAAGAAGAAGAAGAAGAAGAGGGAAGGAGAAAAAAGGAAAAAGAGGAAAAGCAAGGGGACGAAAAUAAAAAAGAAAGAUAUUUAAUUAGAGGCGCGUACCCGUGGACGUGCAAUCGGUGGAAACGAAAGCGCGAAUGGCCGAAAACGCGAGCAGGGUGUACCCGGUUACGGCGGUCCAUCUUGCGGGUGAGAUCGAUCCUGAAACAGCGGCACCGGGUAGUUGGUAAUGGGGGGUUUAGGCGAGAAUGCCUUUUCCCUGUCGCCGUCGUCGUCGUCGUCGUCGUCAUCGCCAUCGUCGUCGUCACCGUCCCACUCGAAUUUUACCUUCUCAACAGGUUCCUGUCGUGGUCGUCACGCCCUCUUAUCUCUGUAUCGUUGCUCGGAAACGAGGAUUACUCCUCCUUGUACGGACACUGAGCAUCCCGUUUAUUCGGAUCGUAAUAGUAACAGUAUCGCGAUCGGUUCGGCGGUCGGCACCGUUUCUCAUCCGAGUCGUGCUACCGAUAGGAUUAGAAGCGAACGUGACCGAAUCGGUGGUGGUGAUCGCCGAUCGAGAAAGUCGAAGGAUACCUUGCUCGAACCGGAAGCGGAUCGAGAAGGAGAGAGAAGGAGGAUCAGAGAGAGAAGGAGGAGGUGGUGGUGGGGGUGGAGGAGGUGACUCGCCGCCGAAAUGCACCAGGUGUCGUACAGAUCAGGACUCAAUUCGAAUGCAGGUCGAAACGAGAGGUUCUGGAAGAAGAUCGAGUGCCGGGAUCGGCGUUGCCGUGCUCAUCACGGGCAGCAUGCUGCCGCUGGCAAAGCCGCUCCUACCGCCACAACGUACGAUCCAUCGAUCGCUUCGAGUCGAUCGUGCCGAGAUCAACGAUCUCACCUACCCCCCUCUCGCAUUUUAUUCAGAUACAGAGGAUCCUUGCCACCUUCGAACGUCUUUCUUAUAGGGUUGGCGCUCUGGUGUUUAACGUUCUCGCCCGUACAACCGCGACAGAAUCAUCAUCAAACAUGUCCAGGUUGUCCGCAUCAGCAGCACCAACAACACCACCAACAACACAGAGAACAUCAACAGGAACAAGACCAACAACAACAUAUACACGAGACGCACUAUAGGGGCGGUGGUUCCGAAAGGAAGGACACCGUAACGCCUACUCCGGACGACCUAAGGUUGGAGGCUAUCAAACACCAGAUACUCACUAAACUUGGCCUUAGGGCACGACCGGAUGUGAACAGAACAUUGGCCACCGUACCGAGGCACUUGGCUCUCGAAACUCUAUACAGAGCCGAGGCUCAGUCCUCUCGUUAUCCAUCUUCCGAUAGAUCGAGGAACGAUCGCGAGAACGUGUACUCCGCAGAGUUCCUUUACGGUGCCGACGAAUACUCCUAUAGGAAUCUCGAUCAACGAGUCGACAGCUCUGCGAAAGACAACAACGCGAGGAUCGCUUCUUCCUAUCGAGGCUAUGGCGAACACGAGGGCCAAGAACCGGAAGAGGAGAUGGACGAUUUCUACGCGAGAACCUCCGAGAUCAUCACGUUUGCCGAACCUGGACGUACGCUGAACGGACAGCCGUUAUUGGAAUUUCCAAUGUCCAGUGGAGAACCCGCGUUGGAGCCACUAAGGAUCAAAAGAGCAACCCUUUGGACCAGAGUGGAAUUCAGGCACGCCCACCAUUAUCAACAUCAUCGUCAGAGUCAAACGAACCAAAGAAAUAUUACUCUCUGGGUAUUUAGAGUACGCUGCGGCAACACGACGCACUUGCGUGGAAAGGAGCUAGGUCAAUACUUGGAGAUGGUCACGUCGCUGGGAGUAAACGUUGGACAACUGGGUUGGCUCAAGUUCGACGUCACCAAGGUUGUGAACAGUUGGUACACGACGAGUCGGGAUACCGCCAGAGAUAAAUUAACGUUGCUCGUCGACUGUACCGGAUGUGGCUCGCACGUCUACGUAUCCACCUUUGACGGACAUUCCCCGCACGUGAUCGAGUCAUCUUUAAACGCAAAAGGUACUCAAGAUCCGGAUAGGCCUUUCCUAGUCGUCCGCACGGAUCCCGCGGCUGUGAAACGGGUUAGAAGGCGAGCGAUCGAGUGCAGCGGUGCUAUAAAGGGUCAAUGCUGCAAGCAAAGGUUCUACGUAAAUUUUUCUCAGCUCGGCUGGGACGACUGGAUAAUCGCUCCUCAAGGGUACUACGCGAAUUACUGCAGGGGAGACUGCGCGGCCGGACACAGAACACCGGACACCUUCCUCAAUUACUACACCCACGUGAUCGAGGAAUACCGAAAGAUGGAUCGACUGGCUGGCAUGCAGCCCUGCUGCGCUCCCCUCAAGUUCUCGCCGAUGUCGUUGAUCUACUACGGUCCUGACUCCAACAUCAUCAAGAGAGAUCUACCAAAGAUGGUAGUGGACGAAUGCGGCUGCCCUUAAAC